UGGCAAACUCGGAAUAAGUGCAUAAGACGACCAAGCCAAACCUUAACCACAAGUGCAUGAGCUGUACAUUCGAUUCGACAGCACGCACGAGCGUCAUUGGUGCUCUCUCUGAGGUUCCUGCACGUAGCUCUUCCGGCAGAUCGUGUAAGGAGCGAUUUGUGUGUCAGUUACCAAAUUUGGAUGUUCAAAGCCAUCGUCGGAAUACUGGCGGUCGUAUGUUUCCUUCUCCUCACCAGAUGGUACGCGUCUCAAGCACCACAGAUCAUUGUAACUGCACCCGACAUCUCACUUGCCCCAUUCCUGGUCCUUCCCCAUUUGGAUGAAAAGCAAGUUAGAAUGCUUCCUGAUUUGUCCAAAUUGCAAUGGCCCCCCGAUCCCAUCGCAUCUGUGCCGGCUGGUCGGAGAAAUGCGAUGGGGAAAGUCGAGCCACUACCGGAUGCAUUUAUGCCCGUAAUGAGUGCAGGACAACGAGCGUUAUGCAAGCAUCUACUGCAAAUGUUUGCAGAUAUCAUGUUUGCUUAUGGAUUCGGCGACAGGUUUAUGUUGUACGGAGGGACGCUGCUAGGUUCCUAUCGACAUCAUGACUUCAUUCCUUGGGACGACGAUCUAGAUGUGUUGGUUGACGAAACUGUCAGACCUAAGAUGAUUGAACUCCUGAGGCUAUUAGAGCCGGAAUAUCUAUUUGUCGAUCAAUCUGUCAGGGGAAAGUUACAUACGCGCCUCAUAAAGGCAGUGAACAAUUCCGAAGAUCUUCCACUUAGCAGACAAUCAUCCGAGUAUCCAUGGGGCUGGCCAUAUUUAGAUAUCGGAUACUAUACAAACAACGGAUCACACGUUUGCGAGAUUGCAGGUUCAUACGGAAGAUACUACUGCUGGCCACUAUCCGUGUUAUUCCCCCUACGGUUCCGACCAUUAGGAACCAGGUGGUACCCAGUUCCGUUUGACGUUGUACAAUUUCUUAACCUCACUUACUCUGACCUGUCCAACUGUGUUAUUUUCGGAUAUUCGCAUGUUUUGGAGGGAGCUGGAAAGCGUGGAAACUUACCUUGUUCUGACUUGACAGAUCAUUACGCAUUCGUGCGUCGUGAGCGCUCGCCAUGGCAACUGAAUAGUGCGAAUAAUGCGGAAAAUCGAUUUGUUCUGGCGGCCGAAUACCUGUUCACAGGUUCACAGCAGAUUAUACAUACACUACACAUCCCUGCCUUGAAGAACGAGAUAACAUCGGACCUGUUUCGUGUUUCCUGA